AAAGAAAAGAACUCUUGUUGAGAAGAAUACAUAGAAUUAUUUGUCAAAGAUUACUUAAUGGAUUUGUUUUGUGUUUAAAUAAAAGUACAAUGUUUGACCGAAAAUUAUAUAUAAUAUUGUUAGUUUUUUGUGUCUACUUGGCUUGUUGUUAUGGGGAUCUCAGUGCCCACGAUAAUCCGGGUGACCCCAGAUCCACAAAACUACUGCCAAGUGCCUGCCGAAAUGGUUCCUCAGCUCCGGAGCUUCGCUUACCUUUUGUGGACAUAAUUGUGAAUUAUGAGUUCCCGAUUUUUGUGCUUCGAGAACCGGAGGAGGAUAUACUGUUGCUGCUCCACGGACCGGAGAUAUUCCGCCUCCACGUGGCCGCCGGCGAGAGGCGUCUCUUGCCACUCGGGAAGCUGGCGGGACGGGCAAGGGGCAGUAGAGCCCUCGGCGCUAAGUUGGUUUCCUGGCGACACUUCCUUCUGCUGGCCAUCGUUCUGGAGGAUUCCUUGGAGGUUUACCAACUGCCCAGGGAGCUUCUUCUCUCCGAGGAUCCGGCGAAUCUGCUGGUCUAUGAUCCUCUUCAGGAAUUCUCACUGCCUGGAGGUUUUCUUCAACUGCAUCUGGUGAAAGCUAGCGCAGAUCAAGUCCUUCUCCUGGUUGCCUCGAAUCACACAAACAUACAAAGCAAAGUGAGGACCUUCGAGUGGCUGGAAACGUACUUCAAUCCCCUGGAGGAGAUGACUCUGCCAGCCAUUAGAGUCCUUCAAGUUGUGGGUCGUCAACCCAUUUACUUUAUCUUUGGACGAUCCCUGAAAGGAUCCCAAUCAAAGCUAGUGCUCACUGUCUACGAGCUGGACAGGAGUAGCUUGCAUCUGCAGAACCGGCAGGCUCUCACAGUUCAAGGACCAAAUGUCCAGGCUGUGAGAUUCCACAACCGGAACUGCCUUCUGGCCUGCACUUCCUCCGCAUCCGAUCCCUGCAUAUUUUUCCGCAUGUUGGAUGGCCAAUUCGUGGUCUACCGGAAACACACCCGCCGGGAUCUGCACUUCCGCCGGAUAGCAGCCACCAAAAGAGGACAACUCCUGAUCGGAGCCCGUUCCAAUGGUGAGGUUUUGGUUUUCGGUUCGACUCGCCUGGAUUGCUUCAGUGGAUUCGUUGUGGCUGGACGGGAAGAGGAACUGGUGGAGCCAAAUAGCAUCCUAACCCAUAGGAACACUCGGAAUGAGACCUUUUUGCUGCUGGCUUACCGGAAAUCCUCGAGCGCCGUCAUCCGGACUUUGCAGUUGGACGGGGUGGAGGAGAUGUCCUCGAAUCAAGUGGGAGCCACAUCCGAUGAAGAUCUCAGUGUAGUCCAACUCCAUCGUCAUGAGUUUGAAGAGUCCAUCAAUGGAUUGCGUGGCCUGCUCCUCCGCCGUCGAUCCUCCCUAGAAAAGAUAAGAAAUUUGGUUAAGUCCUUGGAACAAAAUACAGGUAUUAAGUUUGAAAAGCCUCUCCAUCUCCUGGCCAAUGGAAAAAUAGAUAGACUUCAGUUGGUGGGAAGACAUCUACGGACUCCCAGCCAACUAAAACAGCGCCUGGAGGAGCUUCGUCACAGAUUUCAAGGCAAUCGACCGCGGAGGAACCCCAGAUCCUUUGGCGCUGGGAAUGAUAAUGAUGGGCUCAUGAAGAUAAAAGGACAACGUUUACGAGUGGGUAACCUCAUCUAUCAGGGACAGUUACUACCAGGUUACACCUUGGACUCUAAAGACCCACCACUCUUGACCAUCAGACAGGGUAAAGUUCUGACCAAGUCCUUGCACACAAAUGAGCUGCUCACUCCCAAGGAUAAUAAUGAAAACAAAACCCUUGAUGAAAUUCAAUCACCCAACCAUGAGUGUGUGGUUCGGCAUCUUAAGGUUUCGAAAAUAAAUGGAGUGUCCUGGGACUCUUUCCUGGACUCGCUAUUCCUGCGAAGUCGCGACACAAGACUCCAAGGACGUUUGGUCCUGCAGUCAAGGACACGAGUGUCCAGCUUACAGACCCGACUCCUCAAUGGCCUGGUGGUGGAUCAACUUUUCAAUCUGCGAAGAGCUCAGGUGAUCAGCUCCAAUAUCUUUAUGUCCGCAUUUUUUGCUCCCCGUUUGGAGGCCAAAAGUGUGAAUGGUCUGGACUUUGCCAAGGAUAUUGUGUUUCGUGGAGACAAUGAUACUUGGAUUAAAACCCCUGUCCGUAUCGAUCAGAUGAGUGUUUCUGGCGAGUUUCAAGUCAAGAACCAGAAACCUCAAGCUCGUCAGUCAAUCAACGAUGUCCUGCAGCAAUACUAUACAGGAAGGAUAACAAUUCAAGGAUCCUUGACUGUUAAAAACGUGUUGAAGGAUACACAAAGUGCAGAUAUAAUGAUGGGCAAUCAGUCACUAAGCAAAAGUGAUCUAAAUAGCCAGUAUUUAUUAAAAAAUACACCUCAGAACUUAACCCUGUUGGCUUUUGGAAAUGCCAAAGUCACAGUUCCCUCCUUGACAACCGAUUAUAUAGAAGGACAUCCGUUUGAAGAACAUCUUUUGAGUGGCGGACAGGAUAUAGGCUCCCUUUCCCGAAAUCACACUUUGCACUUAAUAUUCAUGAAUGCCACAGUCCAGGGUGAUAUUAUUUGUAAGGAUUAUAGUUCCCGUUUGGCGGAGAUCGCUAAGGAUGCAGUUCCUCUUGGCCAGGAGACGAAUAUCACAGGAUUCAAAGGAUUCAGGGCUCCUCUGAUUGUCCAGGACUUGGAAACUAAUCAGAUAAAUGGAGUGCCUGUCUCCGAUUUGGUUUUAAAAAACAAUCCCAAUCAGAACUUUAGGGGAUUAAAGGUCUAUAACCAGCUGGUUGUCACAGAUGACCUUGAAGUGAAGAAGGAUUUGAAUGUCAGUCGCUUGAAUGGCUUGCCUUUGGAGCAGCUUCUGGGCCAUGAUCUCAGCCUGCAGCGUUUGGAGCUCGGGGAUACCCUGUUCUUGGAGAAACUACACUUCCGCCGGUUGAAUGGCUUGCCUUUCGAUGAACUGCUCUCCAAAAUAUCCGAAACGGAGGAGGAUCAAAGCCUACUUCUUCACAAGCAACUGCUGAUAGAAGGCAAUGUCCGUUUCGAGAAGUCGCUCCAAGUAAAGGACAUAAAUGGCAUUCCAUGGGAGGAUUACCUGAAGCGUCUGGUACGUUCUGAUGUUAAUUCGGAGCUGAAAGGACGAAAGACUUUCCUCUCCGAUGUCCUACUCACAGACAAUCUAAAAACACCCUCGAUUAACAACUUUGAUUUGAGUUCUCUUCUGGAUAAUACUCUACUAAGGACAACGCCCCAGGAGAUCGGAGGUGCCUAUAGUUUUGGGUCCUUGAAAGUCUCCAAUUUGGAUGUCAAGAGAGUCAACAAUAUAAGCCAACAAGAGUUCCUAGACUUGAGGAAGGAUCAGGUUCUAAAAGGUGAUCUGUACCUCAAGGAACUCUCUGUCAAAGGAAGUCUGAAAUGUCCCGAAAUGAGCAACCAACCAGAUCUGAGUAAUCUUCCAGAGCGUUUGGAGCAAGUGCGCCAGCUUCCCUGGAGGAAUCUGUUCGUCACUGGGAAUGCUCUCUGGCCAGAGAGUGACAAUCAGGAUCUGGAACAACUUGAGUAUCUAAGAAAGCAUGCUGUACGAAAGGAUCUAAAUCAGACUAUCACUGGACAUGUCCUUCUAAGAAAACCUUCCAUAAAAGUAUUACAAACUCAGGGGAAUCUGUUACAGGAUUUGGAUUUCAAGUCCUUAAAAGAGGAUGCUCUAUUGCGUAGAACGGAGGACAAUAGAACCCAAAUAAUAACAGCUCCUGUAGAGUUCCUUGGUCCCCUCAGGGCCCUAUCUCUUUCCAUCAAAACUAACCCGAACUUUGGCCAAUUAAAUGGCAUAGACAUUCCAAGACUCAAUGCCUCUCUAUACCGUCUGUCCAGUAACCAAAGUAUAGCCGCCAAUCUAAAAUUUCUCAAGACCCCAAAGUUUGGAAAUCUUCAACUCGAAGAUCCACAAGUCAAUGGAGUGGAGAUCCAGGACAUCUAUCAGCAAAACAAAGGACUAACCUGGCCAGGGACAGCUCUUAAAAAUCUCACAGUUCAAGGGGAUCUGAAACUGGGAAGUGUGAAUACCAUGAGUUUGGAGUACUUCCUGGACAAUCGCAUAACCCUAAGAGGUCCUGCUUUGGAAGUAUUUGGGAAUUUGAAUUUUGAAAACCUACAACUGGGAGAGAGGCCCCUCAUCCGUUCCAUAAAUAAUAUUCCAUUGGAGAAUCUGGUACUACGAAAUAGUAACAAAGUACAGACCAUAUCCGGGACAAAGACCUUCCAUGGAGGACUGGAGUGGAAUGGACCAGGACACGCCAUGAACCUAAAUGGCAAGGAUCUGAGUGAGAGUUACAGGGAAAGUAUCUUCAAGGAUAGGGACUACAACAUAGAUAGUCUCGUACUAGAAAGAGCUCUGUUCCUGGGAGGAACUAAUCAGAAAGCUAGAGUCUUAGAACCCCAAAUAGAAGAAAGAAAUCCUCUAGAGGAACUACAGGAGGUCCUGGCCAUAAAAAAUCAAACAACAAACCUUGAUUUACUUUAUCUGGAUCACGAUCUUCAGCCUCUCGAGGUCAUUUGGAUGAAGACUCCUUUGAAAGGAUCUCCGGAUUUGAUUCUACCCUUACCUGAGGACACUAAUCCUUGCCAGCGUCGGAUGCUGCAGGCUCAACUGCUCUCCUCCCAGCAGAAGGUCCUCCUGGCCAAUGUCAGUGUCUCGCAUCGACUUUUAAGGAUAAAGUCCGGCGACAUCCGGGUCAAGGUCCAAAACCACUGUCCUGUGAGGCGAUUGAGGAGCCGGAUCAGUUUCUCCUGUCGCAAUGAAUCGCACAUCCUGGGAAUGCGGCAGCCAGUGGAGGUCAUGGAUCUGCUAAAUCUCAAGGACCCGGAUCCCGAUGUAUCCUUGCUUCUGUUGGGCACCGAGAAGGAGGUGCGUGUCCUGCGCCUGAAUCGAAGAACUUGCCGGAUCGAAGACUGGCAGUCGGUGACCCCGGCCGAUGGUCGUCUCAUGAAAGUCGUCAGCCUGCAUGACGAGGACAUCCUGCUCACCAGCGGCGUGAAGAGCCAUCGCUCCGUCCUGGCCAUUCAUGUGAGGAGUCCCCUGGAGCAGCAGUUCCAUCAGCUCCAGCUCAUCCAUGGGGGCUACGAUCUGGCCGAGAUUAUGGAGGAGCAGCUCCUGGCCAGUUGCCAGGGUUGUCGGCACAUUGCCAUCUAUAGACGUAAUAGCUCCCGGGUCUUUGAGCCCCUCCAGCAGCUGAGUUUCCAGGAGCGGAUUCAGCAGCUCACCCCCUUCUGGAUCAACGAUGUCCAGUAUCUGUUGGUGAUUACCCAGCCAGGAGCGGAGCACUUCUACCUGUUCACUUUCGGCCCAGUUGGCGGCUGGCAGCAGAAAACUUUUGGCUACAAGAAGAGGCACCAGUGGGCGUGGCCCCUGAUCAAGGCGGGUGGGAAGCUAGUGGGCCAGGACAUGGCCAUAAUGCUACUUUGUGGCCAAAACGAGAAUGAGUGCAGUUUGGUGAAGGCCAUCCUGCGAUGAUUGUUAGUUCUGUCUGGUUAUUUUGUUAAUUAUUUUGUUAAUUUUGUAUUUAAAUUAGUUGUUAGUUUGUUAUCGCAGUAUUACUAAUGUUUAUUUUUUGAAAUAAAUACGAAUCAAACUCGAAA